UGGCAUUUUGGUGGCAUUGUCAUCUAAAAGCAGUUUUAGUUCUAGUUUUUUGUUUUUCCUUAUUUUUAAGUUAAUAACUCAUAAUGUUAGCAAAUUAAUAAAAUUAGGAUGACAAUGGAAAGGAGGAUUAAGUUGAAAACACUCAAUAGUCACAUUACAUGUAAAAUUUGCCGUGGAUACUUCAUCGACGCGACUACGGUUACCGAGUGUCUUCAUACGUUCUGCAAGAGUUGCCUGGUGAAGCACUUGGAAGAGAACAAUACGUGUCCAACAUGCAACAUUGUGAUCCACCAGUCCCAUCCCCUGCAGUACAUAAGCUUUGAUAGGACCAUGCAGGACAUUGUUUAUAAAUUAGUGCCCGAUUUACAGGACAAUGAAAUAAAACGCGAGAGAGAUUUCUACAGAGCGAAAGGUCUACCAUGUCCUAAGGAUGCAGCGCUCGCAGCAGACAAACCUGGUGCUGGUGACGAGCCAGAACAACCUGAUAACACUGACUGUCAUAGGAAGGAUGAACAGGUGAAUGUUUGCUUGGAGUGCAUCUCAACAUCUUUACGCACAUUGAAGCGCAGCUUUAUUAGAUGUUCAGCACAAGCAACUAUAACACAUCUAAAGAAGUUUAUAGCCAAGAAAGUGUUAAGCGGCAUGGAGAAGUAUAGAGAAAUAGACAUCUUAUGUAAUGAUGAGUUGCUCGGUAAAGACCAUACACUGAAGUUCGUGUAUGUGACGCGUUGGCGGUUCCGAGACCCGCCGCUGCGGCUGCAGUACAGACCUAAGAUAGACUUGUAGAUUACUUACUAUGUGUUGUAAUGCGAUUUUGAUUAUAUUACUAGCUGUUGCAUGUGACUUUGUCCUCUUG